GCCUGUUGUCACGUGACCGGAAGUAUGUGAAGCAGUCGAAUGUGAGUAUUUUGAAUAAAGACACAUUUAGCUCGUAAUACAUGUUCACUGUCAGAUGCAACUGUUCAAUUUUCAUGCAGUAAUGGCACAUUCAUUCCUAAAUUAUGCAGAAUAUUUAUGCUGAAGAGAGGAUAUUUCACAAAUGCCACCUCACAUUUUUAGCUAGCUAGCAGCAUUAACCUCUAUGGCUCUCAGUCCCGAGAGGCUAACGUUAUCACUAUCAAAACAACACAUCUAGCUAUUUAGUGGCGCAAGAAGCAGACCACUAACAGUCAAACACAAUGGACGACUCUGAUCAAGACUUCGUGGACCUCUGCUCUAAGUUGCUCAAACGAGUCCGCAGAAAAGCAGGCGUAACCGAGAAGAGAAGUGUUGCAGAGCCCUCGUCCCAGGACACUGUGAAAGACAUACCCACCAAAAGGGUGACGACUAGGAGGAAGAAGAAAGAUGUUGGCCCAAGUUCAAAGGGAGCUUUGGGUAACAACUCUGAACACGUUUCCUCCAUCUCUACCACUUGUGAUGAACCAAACCGACUUCCCUCCAAUACAGACAAAUCUAAACAAGCAGUGGUCAAUGGAGGUAUUGAACUUGGUGAAGGAGAGAAUGGGUCAUCAGUGGCUGUGGAUGUUGCUGGGUCUCAGCCUGAGGAUAGGGGAAUGGGGGUGAAGGAGAAAGUGCUACACAGGAUGCAGCAGUUCAAGAGAGUCAAUCCACAGAAGCUGGUGCAUGGUGAGAGGAAUCAGCCUGCAGCCACAGGGAGUGAAAGUGACAGUGCUGCUCCCCAUCCACUGCCAGAUAAUGUUCCAUCCACCUCCGCCUCUUCUCCCCUACCACUGGACCCCCAGGUGGAUGACUCGGAUGAGGCCCUGGCCCUGCGUCUACAGGAGGAGCUGGACAGGGAGGCCCAGGCUGUGGCCCAGGGUAGUGUAGUGGACCUGGAGCAGGGAGGCCUGUUCUUCUGUCAGCUCUGCCAGAAAGACCUGUCUGCCAUGAGCCCCGCAGGACGCACCCAACACAUCAACAGGUGUCUAGACAAGAGUGAGGACAGUGCUGCCUCCGCCCCUCCUCCCGCUCCCAGCGUCCCAGAAUGCCCCAUCUGUGGUAAACGGUUCAAGUCCCAGAUGAGUCGCGCGGCCCACCUCAAGCGUUGCUCCUCCACGAUGGGCGUGGCUCCUGCCGAGCUGCUGCAGGCUGUACAGAGACAAGUUGCAGAGGGCCUGACUGACAGCACCGCCAACCAACCUCCGCAGGCCGGAGGUUCCAAGCGUAAAGGCUCCACAGACCCCAGCCUCCCGGGCAGGAAGAAGCCCAGAAAGAAGCCCCGUGGCCUGGAUGAAGACACCAUGGUGGCCAUGGCCCUGUCCCACUCCCUACUGGAGCAGGAGAAAGAGAUGGAGCGGGAGAUGCAGAGAGAGUUACAGAGGGAGAGAGGUGGUCAGCAGCUCCCAGUCAUCCUCCCUCACAUUUCUCUGUCACCAUUGAAAUGGAGAGCUGAACCGAGCAAGGGGCGUGGCAAGAGGAAAAAGGGUGCACCCCCUCCCCUCCUCCUGGUCCAGGACUCGGAGACAGCCCUGAGGCGACUACAGGAGCGCGUGGCUGGCCUCCUCCUCCGUACCCGCGCCCCCUCGCCUCCCACCCCCACACGCUGCCCCAGCUCCCUGCCCUCCUGCAGAACGGGUGCUGGCCCCCUCUGGCAGAAGAGUGCGCUGCGGGACGGAGGGCCGAAGGUCACCUCUGAGUUCUACACCCCAGAGCUCAGAGAAUUUAUACAGCCUUGGGUGUCUGUAAAGAUGGAUAUGGUGUUUCCCACCAAGGCCAUGCCUGGAUCCUCCACCAACCUUUCCUUAACAGAAAGCAUCUCUAUGACCAAGCAAUCUAUCCCUUCCUCCCAACAACCAGUCCCCUCUUCGCUCCCUUCCACCCCAGGGACAGGGCACCUUCCAGUGGGCAGCCAGACUCUGUGUGACCUGAUGGAGCUGGCUGAUGAGGGAAUGACCCUCACACAGUGGGGCUAUUCUACCCCAGGACCUGCCAGAGACAAAGAGAACACUGCUACAGACUUCCACCUGAGUGGCUUUGUUCCUGAGAGCACAGACGACCCCCCUGACCUGUGUCUCAGUGGCUUCAUCCCAGAGAGCAGUAGAAACACUGAAAGACAUCAGAUGAGAUCUCUUCCUCAAAGCAGAAAUACCAACAGGAGCAGCCAGAAAUCAGUGGCGCUGUCCAGGCUGGCCUCAGACCUCACCAGUAUGGUGAACAACCCCCAGUUCAGUGAUGUCCAGCUACAGGUGGACAGUGGGGAGGUGUACUUCACCCAUUCAUUCAUGCUGUAUGCUCGAUGCCCCCUGCUGGUGCAGAUGGUCCAUGACAGUGGAUUCGGGGUGCAGGAGGACGGCAUGCCCUCAGCCCAGAGGGUGUUGUUGGGUGAGGUACCAGGCCAGGCGGUAUAUACCCUGCUCCAGUACCUCUACACAGCCCACUGCCCCCUCACACACACCCUGCUGCCACACGUUCAGGAGCUGGCAGCCAGGUUCAACCUGGAGGAGCUGCAGCAGCUGUGCCAGCUCUACCCAGCUCAGACAGACCUCCACAGAGGUGUAGAGGGACAGGGGGGUCAGUGGGGAGACUACCCAGCCCAGGAGCACCAAUCUGGGGGAGAGGAGGAGCACCAAGACCAGGUCUUCAUGGAGCUCCUCCGCUCCAUGUGGAAUGAAGAAGAGGUUGAGGAAGAUGAGGACAGAGGAGAGGAAGGAGGGAUUGCGAUGGAGGAGGAGGGGCGAGGGGAGGGCGUGAGGAUAGAAGAUGGAGAGAUGAACGAAGAAAGGGUGAACGAAGAAGAGAUGGAGGAGAUAUAUGAGUUUGCUGCCACUCAGAGAAAGAGGGAUGAAGGAAAAGAGAGCGAAAAGGAAGAAUCAGAAGAGGAGGAGGGAGGAGUGACAUUUUUCACAGAGACAGAAGAAGAGCAGGAGGCUCCAAUCCAAGCUCACUCAUUGGCUGAACACUCAGAUAAGGGUGAAUUAACAUGCAUGAUGUCCCCUCAAACAAAACCUCCCAGUUUAGAGGCAGACAUAGCUAUUGGUGACAUCGACACAGACCAAGGGAAUCCAAAUAUGAUAAAAACUGAUCUCAACAAAUCAGAAGGUAGAGAUCUAGAACGUUCUAGAACAGCUACCAUGGAGUCAGACAGAACAAAACAAUUUGAAUCAAACGUCACAAGCUCAAGAAGUGUUGGAGAGGUAUCAACGACAAAAAGCCUCCACUCCAGUCCGAUUGACGAUCAAGAACUAAACGCUAGUCUAGACCGUAGCUACAGCCGCCUCUUCUCUGACUCUUGGGGGGUCUAUGAGACGCAGGAGGAGCCCCACACCUCCCCACCAACACAACCAUCCGCCACUCCCAACCCCACAGGGCUAUCCAGAAACCCCCGUUCCCAGCCCCCCAGGACCAUGGUAGUGGAGGGUGCGAGACAGCCAGAACUCACCUCCCCACCCCCACCGUCCUCCUGCUCCCAGCCCACAAGGGUGAGGGUCGAUGUGGGUACGAGACAGACAGCGAUCCCUACCCUCCAGUACUCAGCCAUUGAAAUCAUUGACCUCUCCAUCAGUCCUCCUCUGGUCCCUGGUGUAUCCGCCCUACCUGUUCCUGGUUUGUCCCCAGGGGAAGUGACUGACACCGGGGCACAAGUCAGGACAAAGGGAGAGGUGGGAAGAGGGAAAGUUCCUGUGUGUAAGGAGAUACUCCAAGAGAAGGUACCGUCUAGUCCAGAGGACUUAAAGAGAGAGAGUCAUGGUCCGUAUAGUAUUUCUGCACCCGUCUCUCCUCCUCACAGUACCAAAGAAGAACCUGAGCUUAUAGUUCUGUCUGACUCUAGUGAAGAGAUGGAGGUAGGGGAUCUAGGACCUACCAGCCCCUCUCCACCACCCUCUACUCGUCUCUCCCAGAACCACCAAGGCUACACCCGAAUCACAACUCAAUCGAACACAGAAUCCAAGAAACCCACCUCGAUAACCCAAUCAGACACAGAACCUAAGAAAUCCAGCUCGAAGGAGAAAGAGACUGUUGGUGGUUUUGUGAGGGAUCCUUCUGUCUCACCUUCAGAUCAAGGCUUAGAUCCAGAUCCUCCAGGUUAUAAACCAGGUUCUAACCCUGGUUCUGCUGGUUCUACUAGUCUCAUGGACUGUUCUGCAGAGAUGUCUUGGCUCAUCCCAGCCACUCCGCCCCUGCCGUCCAGGAGGACGAGCUCUACCCAGACCUUUAGUAGCAUGCGUCGCACUCAGCUCUUUCCUAAGGCCAACUCUUCUUCCUCCUCUUCUGCAGCAUCAGUUUUCUCCUCUCCCACCCUCCCUUUCAGGCCUAGCUGCCAGACCUCACACCCACCCAGGGUUUCUACACAUUCUGCCCAGACAGAGUCCUCUAUUUCGAGGCAGAAAUCAGACAGCAGAGGGCUUCGGCACUCCAGCUUGGGUCUCGACCAUGACGGCCUCUUUUCCCAGAAAUACAACAGUGGUUCUGGAUCCACAGUCCCCUCCAAGUCCCAACCAAAACGCUCCUGCCUACCGCCUGACCCCCCUCUCUCCGUCAUCCCCCCACCAGACCCCUCCACCAAGGGUACUCCUCUCCACAACAUCCCCCAGCCAUACAGCUCCACUCCCCUUUAUUCAGAUCUACCCAAGCCCUCUGCUCCGUCUCUGGCCUCCCCUCUUCUGAGAGACGGGGAGGGGGACAACGGAACCAGGCAGAGAGGGAGGGGGCUGGGGAUCUCUGGGAGCCCAUGGAAGAGAGGGGGAGAGGGGUCUCUGGGCCUAUCCCACUCGGACCCUUCCGACCCAUCCUCGUCCCCACAUAAGGAGUCCCUUACCCAACCGAGAGAGAACAGCGGCUCCCCCGGACAACGCCGACCAUCCAGUGAGUCUAAAUACUUCCACAGCCCAGGAGACAGCGAGACGGGGGGAGAGAAAGAGAGGGGGGUGAGAGAGGAAUCGGAUGAGAUUAUGAAAAUGGAGGAACUGGAAAGGAGUGUAGUGAAAGAGGAAGAGCAGGAGGAAGAGAUGGGAGAAGACAUGGAGAGGUCCAGUAACAGCUUUCAACAGAGCUUCCUCGGGAUGGACGAGCCACCCAUGGCUUUCGAUGACUCCUGGGGCCUAAACGCAGGAGGAGGGGACACGGACGGAGAACGAUCCCCGGCAGUGUGCUUCAGUCUGAGGCUAGAGAGCAGCGGCGGUGGGGCUAGUCCUCCGAGACAGGGCCUGAGAGAUGGAGAGAUUGCAGGAACAUCCUCUACUUUUACCCCCUCUCCUCUUCCUAAAGCCUACACCACCCCCUCUCCACCUCAGGCCAACCCAGAGAUCAACGCGAGCCUCCUGGACGCUGAGAUCUGGGACGACUGGGGGCAGGAAGAGGAUGAGCCUCUUCCUCUCUCUCAGAGGGUGAAUCCUGUAGCUCCGGCUCAGAGAGUGGCCCAGCUCAAGACCCCAGUGGCCCCCCGUAGGAAAGGCCAGCAGGGCCCCCUGGUCCCCAUCACCCCCAUGCCCAGCUACUCUGACAUGGACACACCUGACCUCAAGAACAAGCUCAACAGAUUCGGUGUGCGUCCCUUACCCAAGCGCCAGAUGAUCCUGAAGCUCAAGGAGAUCCACCAGUACACCCACCAGGUCGUCAGCUCAGAGUCUGAGGACGAGGCACCUUCCCUGGGUCGACCCAGAGCCGCCGGGCCCCCACCCACCACCACGGAGCCCACCAGAAAGCCAGUGUCCUGUGCCCAGACUGGGGGGUUUAAAGAGCCUGGUGGAAAAGCAGCACCUACCGUCUCCCUGGUGAAACUGCCUGGUGAGGAGGAGGACAUGGAGCCUCUCUCUGCCUCUCAGGGAUCCAAUACGUCCUCCACAGCACCCAGUGAAGACUCUGAGAGGUCUAAUCCAGAGCAGUGCCUCUCUGACGACUCGGAUAACGACAACAUUACUGCCUCGCAGUCUGCCUCCAAGCUCCAGGACAAGCUCGUCGCUGUCCGUCAUUUCAUCCAGUCAGACCCUGACCUCUACGGGCAGAUCCUCCACUACCAGCCCCUGGUCCUGUCAGACUUCCAGGCCAGACUCAAGGCCGCAGGUAUCCAGCUGGGGGCCGCCAAGCUACUAGACUACCUGGAUUCCCAGUGCAUUACGUUUACCACAGCCAAGCCUGGACUGAGGGGAGGAAGAAAGAGAAGAGGGAAGGGGGCGACCAGGGCUGGAGGGAGGGGAAGGAGAGGGGCAGCUAAAACGGCAGAUUGAAGUUACCUUUGAGGGGAUACAGUGGAGGCAAAAGUGGAUUUUGAAAGGAUUUGCGGGAAAUAGAGUCUGAACUAAAUCAGUGGCAAUUAAGGCUGUAACGUGUUACUACCUCUGAGUUCUGGUUGAACUGUUUCCUGUUUAUAUUGGUUGGAUGUUGGACUUCUAUAAUUAAGUAAUGUUUAUGUUCUGUUCCUGGUGUCCUAUCUUUACAGCAUUCUAUACUAGUCUGGACUAAGCUGUUUUCACUGGGUUAUUGAACUAUGCUGUCCACAAGCCAAAAUAGUUAACAUUCAAAACCCCUGGAUUACCCGGGAAUAACUCCAACACAAAGGAAAAUCGUGAAAAAUAUUUUACUUUUUCUCCAAAGACCAGCCAAGAAAUAGACUUCAUUCAAUCUGAGCACAACUCAUGUUGGGGCAGGGAGGUACUUGUUAAAGAAAACACAAGCGGAAGAAAAAUCAGAUACUCUUCAUGAAUUAGUUCUUCUGGUUGAUUAGCCAAUCAGGAACAGGCAUUUUCCUUGGAGGUGGAGCGUUCAGUCUAAAAGUUCGUAGCUUCAGGACCAUUCAGGGGUACAGCAAUGUGUGCGUGUCACACACUCCCCUAGCACGGUGCAGAUAUCAGUAUUCCUUUGAACCCAAAAUACAGGAAGCCCACUAAACUGUAGCUUCAGAACCAGAAUGUCCUCUCUCCACCCCUCCAGCACCUCUUCUUCUGAUCACAGCUUGGCCCAUGUGGCUUCCACGCAAGUUAGCACCUCCUGUCCCUCCUCUUCCUGUCACGACAGGUUAGCGAUGUUGGCCAGGAAGCGCUGGGCCCACCACUCCUCCAGGUCUAUAGGCACAAAGUCUGUAAGGAGACAGGGAAUAGGUGCUAAUGAAAGAACAUUACUAUUAUGGUACAUCUGUCUGGAUCUCACAAGUCUGCAUGGAGAGAAGGAGAGGCAAUAGUGUGUGAAAAAGGAAACAGUAUUGGUGAGAUUUUUUCUAAUUGAGAUAUUAUAUUUGUGCUUCAAACGCUUCACUCUUUCUCUCUAACCUCAAACACUACAGUACUGUCCAUCUACUGUUAAGUAACUGUUCAAUGACCUACAGAGUGAACAGGACUGAGCAGGUUUUUGUGUGAAAUCAGCAACUAGGAGGAGUGACAGUUUAUCCAAGGUGAGAGACUGAUAGUUGUUCAGAGACCAGAGAGUUAAACAUUAAAACAAAAGCUUGCCUUAUGACCUAUCUAGCUGCAGAUAAGAUGGUGCCAAGAAUUGCUUAGCCUGAUGUGUUUCUUUAGACAGUACUGAGACAGACGUUUAUAGGGCUAGACAGAAAUACACCAAAAUAGAAGGUUAAGACCAUGACAAAGUGGAGCAUGAGUAGGCGUGCUGAUCUAGGAUCAGUUCGUCUUUCAGAUCAAAAUAAGAUUGUUUGGACAGGGGACCUGAUCCUAGAUCAGCACUCUUACUCUGAGGCUUUAUGAAUACAGGUCCUGGGCAUCACAUAAUUGGAUGUAAUGAGAUAGGAAGUAGAGGUUGACUAGUGUACAGCCUCUCCCAUAUAUCCCAUUGUUGCACGUCUUCGGUAGAACAAGAUGGAGGCUGAUUAAACAACAAUGGCGGCUAGUGAAUAAGGCCUACAGCUACUCACUCUUCGUUGUGGUACUGGGGGUCUUCUCUGCAUACUGCACGGGCCCCUGGCCACAUACAGCAGCAGGCUCCACACGGCCUUCUCCAUCUCCUGCCAGCUGCUGCUCGAUUUCCUGCCAUGCUGCAGAGUGGAGAGAACAUAGAGGUAUUAGAAGAUACACUUUACAGCAAAUACCUUUUUCCUAUGUGUGUUAUGCUGCAGUUCCUAGGUAGUUGUAUCAUACACACAGCCUAUGACUACAUUAAACCAACUGGGCAUGACGCUGGAAAAUGUUUUGGGUGCUUUUUAAAAAUCCAUCUAUUGCGAUAUUACAGUAUCAUGGGGUGCUGCAGCAGCCGUCGCACCACAACUUCCCGCGGCCAUGAAGCUGAUGGUUGGUUGUUUUCCUCAGAAAAUGCCCAAUGGAAGUGUUUUUAUUUGAAAUAAACUAUUCCUCUAGAGGUGUAACCUUGCUUGUGCUUCAAAUGAAACAGCCAACCAUGUGUCCUCGAGUGGACCAGGACAGAACUACAGUACAUUUUAUCAGCCACACUACUAGGAGUUGAGAUAAGACUGGAGGUUGUGUGUUUCACUAGGAGUUAUAACACGCCCCUUACACUGUGUUGACUGUAUACAUUUCUGUGAAAAGCAUUUGAAUGUUAAUGUACAAAAAUAUACCAAGCUCACUGUCUUAUAAGAAGUGCAAAGGAGCUUUCACCUUACACUACUUAGUAGUGCUUUCAUAGUUUAAUUGACAACCGUGGUGACUGGACUUGUCUUUUUCAUGCACUACAACAGAGUCAAAGGCUUUCUGUAAAUGAGAAGAGCUGUGCUCUGUAAGAGGUUUUAUGAAAACAAACAGGAUAUGCCCAGAACCUCCUUCUGACCAUUAUCGUUGAGCAGUGCUCCAAGAACAACAGAACAGGUUGUUCUCUAAGGUUUGAGGAUCUUUAAACUGUACCCAAACUUUGUCAAAGAAUACCUUGACUUUUGCACUUGAUUCAUAAUUUAAACUCGGUGGGUUCCAUUCUCCUCCCCGUUUGCUUUCGAGUGUAGGUUUCAACUCCAUGUAGUUCUCUCCCUCUUCUAUACAUCAUCUCUGUUCUAUAUAUUCACACCCAGUUUGCUUUAGUGUCUAUUCUCAUGCAUCGGGUAGUCUAGUCCUUGAAUGCAGUGAUUCUCUCCCAGAUAAACAUUACUGGUGGUGUGGAGAGGCAGUAUGUCAGAUGUAGCCUUGAGUUAACACUGAGUCAGUGCUGCUGGUCAACAUGUCUGUCAGCUAUAAUGGCCUUCCAUUCAACUGAUGUACACUGGAAUGUGUGUGCAUAAAAGGACCUACUAUAGGCUCAAUAAUAACCUUCAAAUUGCAUAUUUGAGAGUCUACAAUACCACUUAUACCAUGUGAGUGAGUGUCCAUGGCUCUAUGCAUGAGAAAAAUGGGUAAUGUCUCAUCUGUCCAGUCGUCAAUGUGUCUCACCUUCGUACACAAAUCGGACAUUCUCUUCAUGGGCCGGGGUGAAGCCUUCAGAUGUGGUGUCUUCCUUCUGUGAGGCUGCAGUGUGGUAUCUCUUCCCGUUCAGGCGAUUAAACACUAUCUUUGGGGUUGGAGAACUAGAUAGAUAGAAAAUGACGGUAAGGAAGCAUGUUCUAAAUAAGUAACUGUGUGAAAUCAUAUUGUUUUACGCCUCUGGAAAGCUGGUCUUGCUUCAUGUAUAUGCUGGGCACUAGAGUAUACUUUUAGCAUAAAACCCAAAAGGAAUUUUUUUUUAUUGAAUAAAACUAUAGUCCAUCCAG